CCCACCCAGGGCUCACGCGCUCCCGGGUCGCCCGUCCGCCCGAGAUGCCUGCCCCCAGCCUGGCGAUGGUCAGCGGCCAGGCGCUCCCGGCCUUCCUGCUGUGCAGCGCGCUGUUGGUCAUCAAGAUGUACGUGAUCGCCAUCAUCACCGGCCAAGUGAGGCUGCGAAAGAAGGCUUUUGCUAACCCGGAGGAUGCCCUGAGACACGGAGGCCUCCAGUAUUGCCGGAGUGACCCAGACGUGGAACGCUGCCUCAGGGCCCACCGGAAUGACAUGGAGACCAUCUACCCAUUCCUGUUCCUGGGCUUCGUCUACUCCCUCCUGGGGCCAAACCCCUUCACCGCUCAGAUGCAUUUCCUCCUCGUCUUCGUGGGCCGCCUGGUGCACACAGUGGCUUACCUGGGGAAGCUGCGGGCACCCACCCGCUCCUUGGCCUACACCCUGGCCCAGCUCCCCUGCAUUUCCAUGGCCCUGCAGAUCCUCUGGGAAGCAGCCCGCCACCUGUGACCAGCAACAUGCGUCUCUUCAGACCCCAGACCGCCAGCCAAGAGCCACGCUGGCUGUACCUGGGGUGGGGGUGGGAGGAUCUUGACAUCCCUUCAAGAUUCCGGCUUCCUGGCAGCCUACUGAACACGUGGGUCCCUGGGCUCAGCAGGCCCGAGCAUGUGCAUGCAUGAGGCGUGAGCAUGUGUGCAUACAGGAGCACGUAGCAUCCUCUACAAAGGGCUCACCACGAUGGAGAGACAAUCCGUCAACUCAAAUAACAGAGUCUUAGAAGCAUGCCUGUUCCCGCCCUCAGAAGCAGGAGAGCGCGGGCAGAUCCAAGCCCCAUCGCCCCAACCCGAUCACCACUAGAAUCCAGGACGAAGUACAGUACGGAGUUGGCACCAACCCACCGCCCUGGGUGGGACCCCAUGCCUUUCUUUGCAGUUGGAGCCGUUGACUGUUCCCAUCGCUCCAACUCUCUGUGCUCGGGCCUCCUCGCCUGCACAGCUGGGUCUCCUCCCAGCUGUCAUUGCUGAACUAGGGACUUUGAACGGAUCCGCCACUAUGAGCAACUUUCUGGCCCCUUCAGCCUCUGCAAGGCUUUGCACACUGCACAUAUCCUCUCCCUGGGGAAGGGCGUGUCUCCUGGACUCUCCCUCCAAGACAGGUGUGGUUUUAAUAAUUAAAUGGACAGGCUCAGCCACCA